AAUCGUGAUAAUGAGAAUACGAGACUACAAAACUCAUUCAUUUGGUUUUGGAAUUUAGUUCUCCGUGUACAUAUAACUUCGUAUUGUUGUAUUUUGUACAAUUUUAAACUGCUACGUUUAUAUUUUACGAUACUCAAGUUCUAAUUUAUUUUAAUAUUCAAUUAUUGUUAAACGCAGUACAGCAAAAUGUUAGUCUCGAAUAUGUUUAAGACAUUAAAAUGUUCAAAUGUUAUUAGAUUAAGAAAAUAUCUAAGUACCAUUGUUGAUAGAAAGCAAGAUCUUUCUAUGCAAGAUGAAGUUCAAUUUAAAAUGAAUUGUAGUCCUAACCAUUAUGAGAAAUUUGAUUGUUGUAUUAAAAAUGGACUCACUUCUAAUGCAGUUCUUAGCAAUGAAUGGAUUUUCAAAAUGAAUUUCAAUAAUUUAAAUAAUGGACUGACAUUACUUAAAAGAUGGAAUCCUAAAAAAAUGGAUGAUUUGUUUGUACUCCUUCAAAUGCCUAUGACAAAACUUGUAUAUCUUACUAAAAAAACCCAAUUAGAAUCAACAAUUGUGCCUCAUGGAAACAGAGUCUAUUAUUUUGCAUCUACUUUUGAGAAAAAUCCCCAAGAAGUAUGUUACCAUUUGAUGCAUUACAAAUUUCUAUUCACACGGAACUUUACAACUCUUCACCACAUCUAUCAAAUUUUAAUUGAAAAUAAUGUUGAUAAAAAUGAUAUUUGGAAAGAUACUUGGAUAUUUAUGUACAGCAUUGAUCAAAUUAAACACAGAAUUUCUCUUACUAAAACGCCAAAUUUAACAAUUAAGCCUUGGAUGUUACGAUGUAAAACUGAAGUAUUUGAAAGGACUUUAGAGAUAAAACAAGAAAAUAGAGUAGUUCUCAAUAAAGACUCUACUGCACAAUAUUUAGCCAAAAGACUGAAAGUACCAGAAAAAACUAUUCGCUAUAUUAGUUCAAAAUAUCCUACAACAUUGAGAGUUAGUCCUACUAAAUUGAAAGAAAUAUUGGAUUUUCUCCUCAAAGAAGGCUACAGACCUUCACAUAUAUUGAGUACUCCACGUGUAUUUACUCACAGUAUUUCUACUCUACAGGAACGAUUAACUGAAUUGCGAGAUCUUGGUGGUGAACCUACUUUGACUGCCUUAUGUAAAAACAAAACAACAUAUCAAGAAUUAGUUAAUAAAUUAAUUAUGAAAAGCACUAAAGGAUAUAUUUAAGAUGUUAUUGUACCAUAUCUAAUAAGUAAUAAUGUAUAUCCCGUGAACAUAACUUUUAAUGCAAUUCAUUAUGUUAAACUACAAAUUAUACUAUAAGAACUAUACACUAUGUCAAAUUUAAAUAAUUGUUAUUAACACAAUGGUUAAUUAAUUAAACUUUAUCCUUUCAAAUUUCAAAACAAUUUCUAAAAUAUUAAUACCAUUAAUUGGUACAUUUUGAGACACUUGAAAAUUUUCAAAACGUAUCUGGAAGUAUAAAAGUAGAAGUAAACAUAAAAAGUGUUAUAAAAAAAAACCUUAAAAAUUC